CUAGUUUCUAAAUCAAAAUUUCAGUUCUUCCUUGUUUCCGUAUCCCCAAUUCUACCUUUGCACGAUAGAAACAGUAAUUGGGAGCAAUGCUUCCCGACGGGGGCGGUUCCCCCGCCACAGGCCCGUUGAUUAGGCACAUAUUUAAAGCUGAAGAAACCCUCCUCCGCCCCUCUACUGCUUGGCCGCUUGCCGGUAAAUCAAGAUUCAGCCUCUCACCGGAUUCCUCAAACACCCUCAAAAACCCACCUCAAGAUUGCUGUUAUAUAUCAGCAGCAGGGAUCGUCGUAGCCCACAAUGAAGAUCUCUUGACACAAAUUUUACUUUAUUUACCCCCAAAAUCCCUCAUCCGCUUCCAAUGUGUCUCCAGAGGAUGGCUCUCGAUCAUUUCCAACCCCUCUUUCCGCCGUCUCUACCGUGGCAGCAGCAACACUCGAGCCCUCUUUUUGUUCCGCAAAAAAUGGCGGAAAAAUCCGGAGCUGAAUUUCAUCUCUUUCUCCGACGAGUAUAUAAAGAAGACAUUAACUUCACAUUGCCUUCUCCUCCUGCCUCAAUGGAGCACUCUGGAAUUUGGUACUUUGGGGAGUCUGGUGGAUGUAUGUACUUUAUUGAUAUUAACAACCCUGGAGAAAUGUUGUUUGAUAUUUUUGAGUUGGCAAGUGGAUGUUCUGAGUGGGUUCUGAAGCACCAUCUUAAUCUUGCUCCUCUAACUACUUUAUACCCCUCAAUGGUGGAUGAAGAGUUCGAUCACUCUGAUGAUUGGCGAUUUAGAUUUUGUUUAACUUAUUUUGUUGAGGAUGAGAAUGAAAAGAAGGCGAGGCUAGUGAUAUCUCUUCUGGGCAAAGUAAUUUUGUAUGACAUCAAUGGCAUUGUCGUUAAGGAGCUCGCUGAAGUAGGGCCAACAGAUACUGAUGAUGACGGUAGAGAUAACUUGUAUCAGUGGAAGGAUGCCUACCCUGUUAUGAAGAUGCUCACCUAUGUUUGACUUGUUUUUCAAACGUUCCUGCAUGUACUAACUACUAAGUAGCUUUAUGUACUUUCUUUUUGCCUGCCUACCACUUGAACACUUUAACAGUAUGGAACCAUUACUUGGUUUGCAAAUGUUGGCAUUUAUUAUGGAUUGAUUUAAACUUGGUACGGUUGUAGAAUGCUUUAAGGAUGAAUUUUGUGAACUAAAUUAGUCUUGCAGUUUAAUUUCCAGAUGUUUUAGUUGUAAUUUCAUUGUUAUAGUUAUUACUCAUCUGAAUGCCAAAA